GUAACACCUUAUUUCGGAAGGUGAAGGUUAUCCGAAAUAGUAACACUUUGGAAUGUCUUGCAUAGUUCGUUAAUAAUUGAGAUUUUUCGUAUUUUUGCAUUGUUGCAUUAUAGACAGUUCUAUUAAGUAACAUUUAACUUAUAAAUGUUAGACACAAAGUAUCAAGUCAUCAAAAUUUCAACAAAUGCACAGGUUAUGCUUGACUUACAAGUCUAGACACAAAUUACUUCGAACUACAACAAUUGGGCUGUUUGCAUUAUUGUGUGCUCCUUUUCGCGGCAUCAUGGCUUGGCAAUCCAGUGGCAGCAGUAAUGCCAACCUUGUGGACAAUCUGCAUGCCAAUGGAAUUAUCAAGGACCCGAGAGUCAUUGAAGCAAUGAAAACAGUGGACAGAAAACACUUUUGCAAAUUCAAUCCGUACAAUGAUUCUCCGCAGAGCAUUGGCUACCAAGUCACCAUUUCUGCACCGCAUAUGCAUGCCCAUGCCCUGGAGAUCCUGUCAGGACAUCUGAAAGAGGGUUCCAAGGCCCUGGACGUGGGGUCAGGCUCUGGCUAUCUCACAGCAUGCAUGGCUCUCCUGGUUGGAUCAGAGGGUAAAGCCAUUGGCAUCGACCACAUCAAGGAGCUGGUGGAUGGUUCCCUAGACAAUGUGAGGAAGGACCCCAAACUGUCGGCCUUACUGGGUACCGGACAGUUGACGCUGAUCACAGGAGACGGUAGACAGGGGUACGAGCCAGAGGCUCCGUAUGAUGCCAUACACGUCGGGGCUGCCGCUCCAACCUUGCCACAGGCGCUCAUAGAUCAGCUGAAGCCAGGAGGCCGACUGAUCAUACCAGUGGGUGGAGAAGGGGAAAACCAAAUAUUACAGCAGAUUGACAAGCUGCCAGAUGGCUCUGUGAAAAAACACAACCUUAUGGGUGUGAUUUACGUGCCGCUUACCAGCAAGGAGAAGCAAUGGCCAAGGUUCCGAUAAUUACUUCCACAUAUAUAUCUGCCUGCCAUGCUUGUGUACAAUACCAGUAAAACCAAAGAUGAAAUCUGACCGAGUCGACUGACGUCCUGUGCUUGAAUCCAGCUAUGUUAUUUGCCUUGAUCACCCGUUUUGAAUCAACCAAAGCAUGCAGUAUGUUUUGGCCACAUGCUUCAUCAAGCAAUAAGUCAUAUUGUAUGUUAAUAUGCUAAGAUAUAGAUGGCACAGUGUGAAACUAAUGUCAUCUCAUACUGACAUGUCUAUGCUCAACCUUUGAUUGUUUAAAUGAAAUCCUUUUGUUUAUGCUGAAUAAUUUUCAGCGAAUGAAAUAGAUUUAUAAUAUUGAUUUGAAUGACAUUUUCCACCAAGACGAGAUUAUCAUAUGGAGGAGACUUUCUGAAAACAAAAAAAAUUCAAUACAAGAGAAAAGUGUGAUCCCUGAUUUGCUUGUAUGGGCUGCAAAUGCUAAUUUAGAACGAUACUUUCAGCACUUGUAUUUAGCUCAGUUUUCCCAGAGGGAUGACUAAAAAUUGGUGAUAAUUAAUGUGAUGUGACUACAAAAAAGACGGGUUGUUGUGAUAAGCCAGAAUAGCACAGAUGUUCAUGUACUUUAAUCUUUUACUUUUUUAGAUACGUGUUUUGACGCAUUUGAAGUCCAGAAGUAAGCUUAAUUUAAGGCAAGACCUUUUUUGCUAGAUUCAAGUUUUAAAGGCUUGAUUUCCAACCUUAGAUACUGAGGAGCAGCAAACAGCAUAAAACCUGAACAGACUGCGAGUUACUUGCAGGCUGUUCAGUUUAAUGCUGUUUACACAUGGCCAUUUUAACUUUGCUUCUGAGUGGGAAAAGGUUAAGGUUAUGGCUCUCCUGUUCCACUGCCUUGAAUUGUUUUUUUAGCAUUUUUUACUAAAUAUCAUACAGUGUUUUGUUCACUGACAUAUAAUGUGAUUUUUAAAUGAUAAUGUGCGAGCAAGAAUGGUAUAUUGGCUCUCUUUGCAAAUUGGGUGAUAAAGUUUCUCUGGCUUUCAAUGCUUCAUAUGUGAUGAAAAGUCUUUUCUAAUGGGGGAUUAUUUUAUCACAUCAUCAGACGUUUGUCGUAGAAAAAAAACGUCAUAAAUAAGGUGUAUUUUCAUCCAAUGGAAAGCAGCAAACAUGUGCAGAUUCUUGAUGCCCUACGGUUUGUUUUUAUGAUUUCCUUGGAUAUUUAUCAGGUAUCUGCAGGUUAUUUAUUUUCAAAAGAAAAAAGAAAGAAAAACAAGACAUUUAAGAAAUAAACAGAAUUAUAAGUAAAUGUUGAAUUCAGAUUAGUUUUUUCUCUCUGCAAGAAAAUGUUGACCACUUGCAGAGACUGUUUACUAUUCCUGUGAAAUUAACCGAGCUGUAUUCAACACUAUACGAGUAUUAUUUAUAUACAUCACUACAAUACAGUUUUCAUCAGUUUCUUUGAGCAGGGCUCCGGUGUGCCAAUUACUUCCAGCCUUUUGUUUUUUAACUCUUUCCCCCAUAACAAGCAAAGCAAAAAUGGCUUUAUGCUGUUUGCUGCUCAUCAGUAUCUAAGGGUUGGAAAUGAAGCCUUUAAAACUUGAAUUUAGUAAUAAAGGUAUUAAAUUAAAUGUAACUUUCUUAGGGACUACAAAUGCGUAAAAAUAUUGGUACAUAUCUAAGUGGUAAAAGGUUAAGCCAUGUGGUGAGUGCUAUAAUGCAAACUCAUGUUCCAUGGUCGUUGAAGUGAUAGAGAUAUAUUAAAUAGUGACCUUACCUUUUUAACCAAUCAAUAUUUGAAACAAAAUGUGUCAAUAAUUUGUCAGAAUGCUUAGAUUCUAAAUCAUGCUUUUUUCUCUAACAAACUUCUUACGACUUCAGUGAAAUAAUAAAGUGUUAUAUAUUUGCAAAUUUAAAAAGAAUAUUGAAAAUAAAACCUUUCAUCUAUUGUGUACAUUUAAAUUUACAUAUUAAACUGUGACAAUGCUUUUAGUUUGUGAGAUAUCUUCACAGGCAUGUGACAAGACAUGUACUUGAGUAUUUGAGUUCGCUUUUUAUGCCCCCGGAUCGAAAGAUCGGGGGUAUAUUGUUUUUGACCUGUCUGUCUGUCACUCUUGUCAUUCUGUCCGUAAACUUUAAUCUGGGUUAAAGUUUUGCGAUAACUUUUGCAAUAUUGAAGAUAGCAACUCGAUAUUUGGCAUGCAUGUGUAUCUCAUGGAGCUGCACAUUUUGAGUGGUGAAAUUAUAUUAGACCUUUGGACUUGAAGGAUGACUUUGACCUUGACUUUUCACCUCUCAAAAUGUGCAGCUCCAUGAGAUACAUAUGCAUGCCAAAUAUCAAGUUGCUAUUUUCAAUAUUGCAAAAGUUAUUGCAAAUGUUAAAGUUGGCGCAAACCAACCAAACAACCAACCAACAGACCAACCAACAGACAGGGCAAAAACAAUAUGUUCCCCACUACUAUAGUGGGGGACAUUAAAAUAAAAAUUAAUUAAUUUUCAUUUCUCGAUUCAAUCUAAAUGUAUCUCAUGGAGCUGCUCAUUUUGAGUGGUGAAAAGUCAAGGUCAAGUUCAUCCUUCAAGGUCAAAGGUCAAAUAAAAUUGUAUUUUUCUUUCCUAAAACUGCAACCUUCGUUAAAGUUUUAGCAUAACUUUUUUAAUAUUGAACACAGCAACUUCAUAUUUGGCAUGCAUGUGUAUCUCGUAGAGCUGCACAUUUUGAGUGUUGAAAGGUCAAGGUCAACCUUCAAGGUCAAAGGUCAAAAAUAAAAAUAAUUCAUUUCUCCAUUCAAUCUCUUACUUACUUCUUGUGGGGCAGCACAUUUUGAUUGGUGAAAGGUCAAGGUCAUUCUUCAAGGUCAAAGGUCAAAUAUAUAGCUUCAAAGCGUCGCAAUAGGGGGCAUUGCGUUUCUGACAAACACAUCUCUUGUUUCGUUAAAGGAUCCAGUAUUGGGCAAUAAGUAUACAAGGCAAUAUGUAAUAUUACAAGUCUAGUAUAGGUUUCAAGGGUUUCAUGAUUCCAGUCUUUUGAAUUUAAAUAUUAAGUGUUUAUAAGUAAUUGUGACUAAAGACUUUAUAUUUAUCAUUGACUACUACUUGUCUGGACUUCUUUUUGAUAUUUUUCCAAUUAUGAAUAUUCACUAAAUGCAUCUUAACUAUGUUGAAAUUACGUUUCCUGAUAAUUUUCAAUAUUUCAUCACUUAGCAUUAAAUAAAACACCAUAGUUGUAUAUGUUAUGUCAUGUAUAUAAUUUUAAUAUAUUCACAACUAUGUAACAGCAAACAUUUGGAAAAAAAAACUGCAACUAAUUGUAUAUCAUAAUAUACCCUGUAAUGUAUAUAAAUUUAAUACAUUGUACAUUUAAAACUUUGCAACAUAAAACCUAUGAAGAUGUUUACCAUUAUUGUCUGUUCAUUUUGCUGGAACUGCAAUUAUUAUCCCCCGCCACAGGCGGAGGGAUAUUGUUUUGGCGUUGUCCGUCCGUCCUUCUGUCUUUCCGUCCGUCCGCAGCUAUAUCUUGGAAGUACUUUGGCGGAUUUCAUUGAAACUUGGUAUGAGUAUAUAUAUGGAUAAGAGUAUGUUGCACGCCCAAUGGCAUUGUAUGCCAUCUGUUAAUAACAGAGUUAUGGCCCUUUGUAUCUUGAAAAAAUGCUCAUUUUAGUGUCAAAUAUAACUCUUUUGUGUCCAGAAGCAUAUUGACGGGGGAUAUCAAUUCAACGAAUUUGCUUGUUUGUUUUCAGAGUUUUAUAAAUUUGGGGAUAUUUUUGUUGCUGAUAAGUUUUUCUUUAAAUUUCUAUAUUUGUUUAUACUGCUAGAAUGCCAGCUCUGGUAAGCAUGACAUUACAACUUUCUUUUAGUACUGUAUUAACACGUAUAUAAUGUUUUUUAUUACCUGAACAGUAAUUAAGUCUGAAGCUUAAUAUAAUUUUAUUUAAGCUUUAAGUUCUUGCCUUCUUUAUAGAAAGAAUACAUUCAUGUUGCUGUAUUAGUGCAACUAAAAGCUCUGCUGUUACUUUGUUAGUAUUUUGAUCGCAUUAUAGAUUGGUAUUGAUGUAUUUUUUAUAUUUGCAUAAAUAUUGUAAAAACGUUAUUAGUUCAUGCAUGUUAUAUGUAAUAUUUCACGCUAUGUUUCAUGUAAGCUGGAUGUGUAUCUGCAAAAUGGUUAAGCAUGAAUUUUAUUCAAUUUAAUUUCCAAGUUCCAGGUUCUGUAUUUAUAUAACUUCUUUUAAAAAGCUAUGUGGAUUUGCCAAUGAUAUUUAGUUCGAAUUGCAUUAAAGCAGUUUGAUAUUGUCAUUGAAUAUAUCAAUGAUUAUUUACUUAUAUUAUAUGAUUUAUUUCUAAUAUUGUAAACAGGAUUUUUUUCCAAAAAAUGUAAACUAUUGAUUUCCUGGUAGCAAACAUUGUCAGAAAUCUUCUGCCGAGUGUAGCUUUAUCAAUACCAGCCCUUGUUUGUGUGUCUUGUUCUUGCCCUAUGCCUGUUAAUGUUCCUUACCUCCUACCCUGGUAUAUUGUUUAUAUCUGUAUGGUUUACUUAUAAUGGCAUUUUGUUUAUAUGUAAAAAGUAUUUAAAAUGCUUUGCAGAUUCUAAAAAAAUAAAGAUGUAAAAAAAAAUA